AUGGAUAAUCAUCCUCAAGAUUUUCGUAGAAUUUACCGUAUGUACCCAGAUUGCUUCAUGAAGUUAUGCAAUAUCUUGAGAGAGCGGGGCCAUAUACAAGACACAUACCACAUUAGUGUUGAGGAGAUGAUUGUUAUUUUUCUUCUCACGGUUAGUCAAAAUCAACGGUACUCUGUUGCAACUGAUCGAUUUGGUCGUUCAAAAUGGACCAUUAGUGUAUGUUUCAAUAAAGCAUUACAUGCAUUGGUAUCUUUAGCAUCAUGCUUGAUGGCAUCACCCCCUACUGAUCCACCUGAUAAGGUUAAAUCAGAAUCUCGCUUUUGGCCUUAUUUCAAGGACUGUAUCGGUGCAAUAGAUGGGACUCAUAUACCGUGCAUGGUGUAUAACAUAGAUCAGACGCCCUAUCGAAAUAGACAUGGUUUUCUCUCUCAGAACGUCUUGGCAGCUUGCACAUUUGAUCUCAAAUUCAUUUAUGUCUUAGCUGGGUGGGAGGGUUCUGCUAAUGAUGCAAGAGUCUUGAAGGAUGCAAUGAGUAGACCUUAUGGACUUCCACUUCCACAGAAUAAAUUUUAUCUAGUUGACUGCGGCUAUCCAAAUAGGCUACAAUUUCUUGCUCCAUACCGAGGUCAAAGGUACCAUCUUUCAGAGUUCGGCCCAGCUAAUAAUCGACAACGACCACGAAAUUCAAAAGAAGUUUUCAAUCAUCGAUAA